AUGCGGUCAAUCUCGGCGUUCGCCGGCAAUUUGAGUCGUAGCCAAAGGCAGCAACUUCAGCUGGUUCAGGCUUUAUCACAGAAUCACACCGUGAGUUGGUAUUCGGUCGAUUUUAACUCGUUUUCCAGAGGUUAGCAGCGCUUCAAGGCAUACGAAGUUACAGUCAACAGAAGCCCCAAAAAGGCGGAAAUUUUUUCUCUAAUCUUAUAAGCAACAUUACUGAAGAAUUGGAGAGGAACAAGGAGCUACAGGUAGAUUAAUGUAGCUAUGUUAAUGUACUUUUUGCUUUUCAGAAAAGUAAACAAGAAUUGGAGGAAAGAUUGAGGCAAGUGUCGAACACUGAUGCAAUCAAGGAAGCCAGGAAGAAAUUUGUAAGUUUUUAGUGUUUUUUUGUUUUUAUGGACAAGCUAUAUUAUUUAUGAAGGACAUUACGUUGUUUUUGUAAAACACUACAAUCUUGAAGGUUUUUAUGUUGUCGUCACUAUAUUGGUGGUUGUUUUAGGAAAAAGUAACGGAAGAAAGUAAACAAAGUAAUGCCGUAGUGACAGUGAAACUCAAAGAGUUUAAAGAUCAUGUCAACAAAAUGGUGGCCGAGAUUCAGACUUCAGAAGCGGGUAAAGAAGCCAUCAAGCAGGCUAAAAUAGCAGUUGAGAAGUUAGAGAAGGCUGCUGAAGCUGUCGGUAACACGCAAGCUUACAAACAAGUAUCGUCUACAGCUAAAGUUGUGAGAGAUGAGUUAGAUGGACUAGCUGAUGUCAGAAUGUACUCUAGGCCUGGUAGGUGUUCCUUUAAUUAGUGGAUUUUUUAUUUUUAGAGCAGUUGAAGAUGAGGUCUGAUGGAUUUAGUACAAGUGCUUUUGCUAAUCGACCGGUCGAAGCUAAUAUGUAAGUUUUUAUUUUGAUAGUUUUAGUUACAACUAUUUGUGUUAUAAAUUACACAAUAGUUAAUAACAGUUUAAUUUUGGAAGCUCAUAUUAUUUUUAGAAUUAGUUUUUGUCUUGUUUGGUUUAUAUCAUACAUAUGUUGUUUUAGAGAAGCAACAGGCAUAGAACUACACAAAGAAUCUAAAUGGUACAGUGGUUGGAAGAAUUUCUCAGAGAAUAAUACUUACUUUAAUAGUAAGUUAUUUUAAGGUUCCUUACAUUUUCAGUUUUUUUAUUUAGAUUAACUUUUACAUAACAAUUAGAUAAAAGGUAAUAAUCGUUACAAUUUCUCUUUUUAGAAGUGCUAGACUGGAAGACAAAGUACGAUGAAAGCGAAAACCCCCUGGUCCGUGUAGUACGAGGAGUGACGGAACGUGUAACACACGCCUUUACAUCUCAAAGCGAAGUGUCAGAAGUGCUGACAGAGAUAGCCAAGAUCGAUCCCAACUUUGAUAAGCACGAAUGGCUUCGGUUUUGUGAGAAGGAAAUAGUACCGAAUGUUCUAGAAGCUUUCAUUCGGGGAGAUCUGAAGAUUUUGGAAGACUGGUGUCAUGAAAGGGCCUACAACUUGUUGGCCACGAUGAUUAAGGACAUGCAGAAGGUUGGCUACACAACUGCGGACAGCAGGGUUAUAGACAUCAGCAAGAUGGAGGUAUGGUUGGAACUUUUGUUCAAUAUCUUGUCUGUUUUAUUUUUAUGCCUAUUCUUGACAAAUUAUAAUUGGAAAACAAUUUUUAUGUUUACAGCUAAUAUAGACAUCUUAUUGUAGAUGGUAUCGGGUAAAAUGAUGGACCAAGGUCCGGUGUUGAUCAUUACUUUCCAAGUUUUCCAAACUCAUGUUGUUAAGAACGCCGCAGGAAAAGUGAUUCAAGGAGAUCCUGUAAGUUUGAUUUUGUACCUAAAUUUCUAAAAUGGUAGAAUACCGUGCAUUUGUUACUGUAGAUUACGAUUUUCACGUAAAUUUUAAAAUUUUGGCAUUGUUCAUCAGAAUUUUAUUGUACUUUACCUUUAGAACACACCUGUGCGCGUCCAUCACGUUUGGGUAAUGUGCCGUGACAUGCAAGAAUUCAAUCCAGCUGUAGCGUGGAAGAUUCUCGAACUUCACUACCAAGAAGGCGCCCUCGCUCUCUAA